GGUUGUUCGAACCCAGGUUAAGAACCGCUGGGAUAGUCUAAUAGGCCAGAAGAGUCAUAAAAUAGCUGGGAUAAAAUUAAUUAUUAAGAACGAGAAAGAAAAAUGAAGUUGAUAUUGACCCAGAUCCUGAUUGCCAUAUGCUGCUACUCGCUGUCCCAAUCGGCAGAUAUACCGACAGCCUCUGAAGACACGUCCAAACAAAUCCCAGAAACUCCGCGCCACAGUUCGUCUGCCUCUGUCGAUGACGCCAACAGCGCAACGAAACGAAAAUUUGACAAAAUCUCAAGUUUCUCCAGCUACGGAGGAUUCGGCAAGAAGAGCGCCGAGUCUAAAAAUAGCCCUUCAGCGUCGGAGCCGGGUGACGGCUAUGACCCCGAGAGCUGGGUACAAAACUUUGGAUACAUCAGUGAAGAACAGCUGGCUGAGCUAGAAGCCGAGAGCUCUGACUCAAAUUCGACUGACACAAGUAGCGUAGCUAAAAGACCUUUUGAUAGGAUAAGUGAUUCAAGCUUUGCCGGCUUUGGAAAAAGGCCGUUUGAUAGGAUAAGUGAUUCAAGCUUUGCCGGCUUUGGAAAAAGGCCGUUUGAUAGGAUAAGUGAUUCAAGUUUUGCCGGCAUUGGAAAACGGCCGUUUGAUAGGAUAAGUGAUUCAAGUUUUUCCGGCUUUGGAAAACGACCGUUCGAUAGGAUAAGUGAUUCAAGCUUUGCCGGCUUUGGGAAAAGGCCGUUUGAUAGGAUAAGUGAUUCGAGCUUUGCCGGCUUUGGAAAAAGACCUUUCGAUAGGAUAAGUGAUUCUAAUUUUGCCGGAAUUGGCAAAAGACCUUUUGACAGAAUAAGCGAUUCUAGUUUUUCCGGCUUCGGAAAAAGACCAUUUGAUAGAAUAAGCGAUUCUAGUUUUGCCGGCUUCGGAAAAAGACCAUUUGACAGAAUAAGCGAUUCUAGUUUUGCCGGAAUCGGCAAAAGACCAUUUGACAGAAUAAGCGAUUCUAGUUUUUCCGGCUUCGGAAAAAGACCAUUUGAUAGAAUUAGUGAUUCUAGUUUUGCCGGAAUUGGUAAAAGACCGUUUGACAGAAUAAGCGAUUCUAGUUUUGCCGGCUUCGGAAAAAGACCAUUUGAUAGAAUAAGCGAUUCUAGUUUUGCCGGAAUCGGUAAAAGACCAUUUGACAGAAUAAGCGAUUCUAGUUUUUCCGGCUUCGGAAAAAGACCAUUUGAUAGAAUAAGCGAUUCUAGUUUUGCUGGAAUCGGUAAAAGACCAUUUGACAGAAUAAGCGAUUCUAGUUUUGCCGGCUUCGGAAAAAGACCAUUUGACAGAAUAAGCGAUUCUAGUUUCGCCGGCUUCGGAAAAAGACCAUUUGAUAGAAUUAGCGAUUCUAGUUUUGCCGGCUUCGGAAAAAGACCAUUUGAUAGAAUUAGCGAUUCUAGUUUUGCCGGCUUCGGAAAAAAAGAUCAACCGUUUGACGAACCGGUAAAACAAGAAGACACAGCCAAAGAAGCCGGAAAAGAUGAGAUCUCAGAAGACAAAAGAAAAUUCGAUAGGAUAGGCAGCAGCAGCUUCGGCGGGAUGGGUAAAAGAGCAGACGACAGCGAGGAAGAAAAGUCCAAGAGAAGGCUGGACAGAAUCGAGGGGACCAGCGCGUUCAGCCAGUUUGGGAAGCGCGCGGAUGAAAUCACGGAAGAGAAGAGACGGAUGGACAGGAUCUCCGGUAGCAGCUCAUUCGGGGGCUUCGGUAAAAGGGAAGGCGAUAGCGAGUUGCAGAACGGAGCGGGGUCUCGUCAAAAACGCGACUCUCAGAGCGAAGACUUCAGGCAAAAACGGGAAGUUAAAAAUCGUAACAAUGAAGGGGAAAUUACUCUGAAUUUAAUGAGCAGCGCUAAAAAUAGCAACAAGGUGUCAAAACGCGAUACGUUUCAUUUGAGCCGAAUGGGCGAGAAUGAGAAUGUAGAAAACGAUGAGAAUGAGAGAAGUGGGUUCGGGGGUUUGGAAAAACGAAGCAGGUUUGAUAGAAUAGAUAGCGGCGUAUGGAACGGGAUGGGGAAGCGACGGUUCGACAGGAUUUCCGACAGUUCGCAAUUUAACGGGUUCGGGAAAAGGAAGUUCGACAGGAUAGGAGGUCACUCAGGGUUCGGGGGGUUCGGGAAACGUCGUUUUGAUCGCUUCGCUGACGGUUCCAGCUUCGGGGGGUUCGGUAAAAGGAGGUUCGAUAGGUUCGCCGAUUCGAGUAGGUUCGGCGGGUUCGGAAAGCGGAGCUGGGACGGUAUUUUGGACGACAAUUCGUUCUCUUACGACAAGCGACGGUUUGACCGCAUCGACCGAAACAGCCUGUUCUCUAGGUUCGGUAAAAGGGACGACGGCAUCGACAAUGAUUUUGAUUUCUCGAAAAGGAGAUUCGACCGGCUCGACCAAAGCCGGUUUUACAGCUUCGGGAAAAGAAUGGAUCCGUUUUUAUCAGACGCAGAGGAGAGCGUUUGGGACGUGACGCCGGAAGACGCCGAUGACGCAGAUCUUUUAGCUGACGACGCACAUUCAGCAGAACUAGAGCAGGCGCUGAGCUCUAUACUUAGCUCAGGAGCUUUAUCGAAUUACAAAUUCAAUUCGUUGAGCUAUCCAAACAAACGACGCUUUGAUUCCAUCGACAGUUCCAGUCGCUUUGGUCGCUUCGGUCGAUCUGUGCAGUAACACAGUCGCUCUACACUUCUUCUUCAUUUGUUCAACGGAACUACAACAUUUUGAACAUUCGUUCGCAUUAAAAAAUCCAAAUCUACAAAGAAGAAAUAGAAAUUAAAAAGAACUAAAAAACUUUGUAAGCAACUAUGAAGGUCUGAAACGGCUUUUAACUCGUACAUAAUAUAAAAAAAUAAAAUAAAAUAUUUGACUGUAUAACCAAAUGCAAUGUUGAGCUAGUAUUGCUGAUAGAUUAUAUGGACGUUACUUGGAGUUAAUAAAGAAUUUGUUUUUG